AUGGAGAACAUCGAGGAAUCGCCUACAACUGAAAGGGUACCAGGAGGAUAUUUGAGUCAUAAUUCCGAAGAAGAAGAAGACAACUCUCUGUUUUGCUCCGAAUCAAUAGAAUCUACUCCAUCUCCGGCGGCACCUGCAUCAACGGCACCCGGACCAUCCACCACCACCACCACCAAAGACAUACAACAAAAACAAAGUUGCCCUUGCAAUAAAAGGGAAAAAGUGUCAGCCCUACCAAACCAACCAACAAAAAACAUAACUAUACAGGUUCGACAUCGGCAUCGUUGA